AUGCCCGAGCUGGGUGACGUGUCCGCUUCUAGCAGCUUUGAUGCGUUACUGGCCUCUGAUGAUAGCACAGCCUCGGAAGUAGAGUCCGAGUUGUUCGCAGAAAGCGAAGGCUUGUUGGACGAGGACACGUUACGGCAGUUACAGGAGGAGCUGUCCCUCGAGGACUUGGACAUUGAAAGCGAAGAGAUCGAAAGAAUUUUGGAAGAACAUGAGGAGGAAGAGGAUGCUAUCAGUCGAAGUGCCUCUCCCAGCGGUAAGCGGGAGCACCAACCCGUACGCGCCGGGGCGUCUCGCUACCGACCUGCGCAACAAACGGAAAGAGUAAUAGCGCGGUCGACGGAACCAGCUGAUUUGGAGCUCAGCACUGUUGACUUGAGUUUCGCUAGUAGUCUAUUCGACAGUGAUUCAUUUGUUCUAACAGACACCACAUCUUUUCCGAGCACUGCUUCCACGCCAACGGUGAUUGAAACCAGGCGGCUUGCUCGCAAAGCGCGGUCUGGGGAGCGAACUCACCCCGCAGAGCCGCGACAAACACCGUCACGAGCGACACCCGACACGAUGCUCUCAGACGGGAGCAUUUCCACGAUUUCCCCGAGGCAGCCCGCGGAUACCCCCAUAGAUCAUGACUGGCCGACACCGGGUCCGGCAGCCGUGACGACGAAAGCGGGUUCAAGGCGACGGUAUUCGCCGACGUGUAGGGAAUCUUCCGCGUAUGGAUUCAGAGCAGCGCGCAAGCAACUGAGUGCGAAUGUUGCUCUGCAAGCAGCAGCAAUGCAAUCGCAGCGCUUGAAAGCAGAACUAGAUCGACUUGCACACGAGCUACAGUCCAGUGUGGUUAAUGGAUAUGGCAAAUGGCACCGGGAACCGACGGCGCUCGAUACCGAGCGAUCACACAGAGACUGGCGCCCUCGUGAGGUCCACGAAACGCCACGUCUCCUGCCUCGGCUAUCCGCGCAGUCAUCUUCUUCGAUCCUAUCACCAGAUUCGUCAGACUCGAGUCCACAGAUUGAUAUGGCGGAAACCGAGCCGAGCCACGCUCCUGAUACGUGGCUUGAAAAUCGCGUCGUCGAUGCCCUGGUUCGCAAGUAUCUCAGAGCGGACAUGAUUCAUCACCUGAUCAAGCGGAUCGACAACGAUCCGUUACUACAGCCUUCGUACCGAAUGAACAUUGACGUGGCCCGCGUUCCCGCCUCGUUGCGGCUGGUACCGUGCUGA